AUGAAGAUGCUCAUCUCAUACUUUUUUGCUCUACUACUUUUGCCUUCUUUGGUUUUUUCUGUACAUGAUUCUCCAGUAUUUAAUGUUCUGGAUUAUGGUGCAGUUGGAGAUGGCUUGGCCGAUUCAACCAAUGCUUUCAACAAAACAUGGGAAGCAACAUGCUCGUCAUCGUCAUCUUCUCCAACUAUGUACGUUCCCUUUGGCAAUACGUUCUUGAUUCAUCCCUUGAAACUGAGUGGCCCUUGCUCAUCACCAGGCAUUACUAUUGAGAUAAAUGGAAAUAUAGUUGCACCAAUUGAACCCUCGGAAUGGACGUGUUUGACCACUCAUUGUGAUAAGUGGAUUUAUAUUAAACAUGUUAACGGCCUUACAGUACGUGGGAGUGGAACAAUUAAUGGUCGGGGACACAAAUGGUGGGAUGUUAAUGACCGCAGGAAACCAACUGCUUUUGAUAUUUCACAUAGCCAAAACAUUAGUGUAAGCGGACUGAGGUUUAAGGACAACCCUCACGUUCAUUUUCAUAUUGAGGACUCCGAAUCUGCUACUGUCUCAAACAUAACCAUAGACGCCCCAGCAAAAAGUCCAAAUACUGAUGGUAUUCAUCUUUCUAGCAGCCGAGACGUUUCCAUUAACCAUUGUCGAAUUGGAACUGGGGAUGAUUGUAUCUCAAUUGUAGAUGGAUGUUCCAAUCUGAAAAUCAGCAACAUAAUAUGCGGACCAGGGCAUGGUAUAAGUAUUGGAAGUCUAGGCAAGCAUGGAUCAAACGACACUGUUGAAAAUGUUCUUGUCAGUGAUGUGGUGUUCAUAAAAUCUACAAAUGGUGCUCGGAUAAAGACAUGGCAGGGAGGCCAAGGAUACGCUAAGAACAUCAUUUUCGAGAGAAUAUUGUCGCAAGAUUCUCAUAACCCUAUAAUUAUCGAUCAGUUCUAUUGUGAUCAUGAAAACUGUAUAGAACAAGAUUUAGCAGUACAGGUUAGUGGUAUUACUUUUAGACAGAUACUUGGAACUUCCCAAGGUGAAUUUGCUGUGAAGCUUGAUUGCAGUGCUAAAGUUCCAUGUACGGGUAUAUUAAUGGAGGAUAUAUACAUCCGUUCAGGCACCAAACGUGAAGCUAAAUCGUAUAUUAAUAGUGCACAUGGAUUUGUUAAGGGUCAAAAUUUACCUGAAAUCCGCCUUUGA